AUGCUUCGUGCAGAGAGCAUCUCAACAUCCACGGAUAUUAGGAGCAACGCAAAUGAAUCUCCAGGAGCACCACAACAAGAAUGGAUCCCGUUGGUUCUGAAGAAGUCUUGGACUAUUCCCCUGGCAAUACUAUGCUUCCUUUUCGUGGCACUACUCGAGGCACUCGAUGUUUUUGUGACCAGAAAUCAAGGCAUAUCCAUCAACGAAAGCGGGCUCGUAUUCAUGGUCAGGUACCUUCCAACGUUCUGUGUUGUUUUGCUCAGUUUCGUUUGGAAGUCCAUGACCAACGAAAUCAAAAAAGUUACCCCAUGGUCCGCGAUGAGCAACAAAUGGAUGGCGGCCAAAGAUUCGGUUCUCGUUAAUUACGUCAACAACCUCGAAAUCCUUUCGCUUUUCUCCUCCUCCAGACGAAAGCACUGGUCAAUGUUUCUGGCAAUUUUCGUUGGGAUCCUUACCGCAAUCGCAGUUACAGCUGCCAACGCCUUGACGUAUACCAAGCUUUCCGUCACCACGCAGCAGGACACCACAAUUGAAAUCCUAUCCCGCUUCAACUUUGAUGGAACACUCGUCCGUCACAACAAUACGUUGGCGAUCCCAAGAGACCAUACUGGAGCUCGCCCCUACGCAAGGGUGACCGCUGAGCGACAAUCCAGCGGACAAGCGGCACCAUACACAAGCGGAGUUUUUGCCUUCGAUGAGUUCGCUAGCACAUUUGAACUUCCACUGGCGAAUGCUUCCCUUCAAGUCAACGUGUCCACCUUCACGGCAGACUGGAACUGUCAGCAAUUAAAUCUAUCAUUAGAGAUAGAAGAAUACGGGUAUUUCCGGAGAAUUAAUGCACCCAAGGAGAGCAACCCUGGCGUAGACUGCUUUCAGGACAUUAUUCAAACAAUUGAUCCAGGGUACGGAUCGGAAGAAAUUGCCUGGCUUAACGUCGCUCCUUGUAAAAACGAGACGGACAUCCGGCUUCUCGCAACAUUUCUGGCAGUCCCUGUACCUCCCGGGCCGGAAUAUUUUCCAGCAAGAGCAUUUGAACUUAUUUGUACUCCGAUGUUCAGUACAGGAGAAGCACUAGUGCAAGUCAACGCUUCAUCCGGGCGGGUCACGAAUUACACAAUCAACCAUGAAACAAUCAACAAAAUCGACAUAAAUAUAUCUAUGGAAGCUCUAUACGCUUAUUUGAAUAACCCUACCGAUGCGCGUUGGAGAGUACCGAUUGUUAACGUCUCACCGAUAGAGGCUGUUAAUUCGACCACCAUUAACCAGACAUUAAGGGAAUUCCUCCGUUUUUACGAUAGUGACCCUUUCUUCAUGCCCUUAACAGAUGGGCUGCUUAGGGGGUAUAGUCAAAACCACGUCCACUUGGAUAAUCAGGAUAUUUUUAAACAUGAGGUCGAGACCCUCGCUAGCCAAAUUUUGGUACAGCUUGUCAGCUCGUUUGCGCGCGUGAAAGACUCUACUAAAACACGUGGAGUGAUAACCCUCAGUCAAUCCAGGCUCUUCUUACGGCAGCUUGCGCUCCGCUCUCUCCAAAUCAUUCUGGUUAUCAUAGGAGCUGCCAGUCUCCUACAAUCAACUUUAUUAAGACCGAAGUCUUUACUCAAGCAAAACCCUGGGCCAAUUGCUACUACGGCCAUAACACUCGCACAGUCUAAACCUUCCAUUAAUCAGUUAUUCGAGCCACACGCGGUUACUUCGGAUAAGGCUUUGAAAACCUCACUCUCAGAUAUAUGUUGGCAAAUACAAGAAUCCAAAUGCGGCAACGCGACUGGACCAUUGUUGGACGUCGACAUAGUCUCUUUCUUUAAAGCUGAUCCCCUACACCAGUCCGGUUGGAGCCCCUAUGCUCUACGUAUUUGGUCAAAAUAUGCUAUUUCCGUAGCUUACUGCACUGCCAUCACUACUCUUGCGAUCCUACAAAAGGUAUCAAUUACGGACCACGGACUAUGUUAUAUCCACUCAGCGGCAUCAGGCCUAUUCGACUACGCACCUACCGUAAUUUUACUUCUACUAAGUGCAUUAUGCUCUGGGAUUGACGCCGCUAUGAGAUCAGUAUCGUCUUAUAGUAGCCUACUUAAGGUAUCAAAAAAAUGGCCUCUUCUUUCCAACUUCCAAGAUGGUCCAGGCCUCUAUGGCUUACUCAAAGCUUCAAGAGUGAAGCUGGCAUCUAGAGAAUUUGGCUUUGCACUUAUUGCCACUUCAGUUGCGACACUUCUUUUUCCUUGGAUCAAAAUCGCCGCCGCAGGGCUCUACCAGACCACAACGUCUAUAGCUCUGGAGCCGAUAAUAGUGCAGCUGGACUUAAGCCUAGUUAAAAAAGACGCUAGCUACUGGUUUUCUCAAAUGUCCGAUACGGAGCGAGCCUCACAAUACGUCGAGUGGACAAUUACACCAGACUCGGCCAUCGUUCAGAGGCCAGGGGCCCUCGAUAACCUUGUUAUUACUAACCUUACGGGUUGGGCUCCGAAAGCCGGUGAAAAUAAAACAGCAGGCUAUGAAAUCGAGGCCAGAGUUCCGGCAUUCGCAGUUAACGUUUCCUGUGAAGUUAUCUCUUCAGGGGAAUUUGGCGCUGUCGCCUUUUGGAAUACGGACUGCGAUAACAACCCAUUUUUCGGUUUUCAGUGCAGUACUCGUCAUUGUCUGGCAACUCUGAAUAUUACCGAAAAGGACCAAAAUGCACCACAGUGUUCUAACAAUACUCUCCAAGCAUUUGCCGGAGCAUCCUAUUACGGUGUCGAUUUGAGUGAUAAUGGAGAUAUAUUCUUCAAUAUUAACGGCACUCUAAUCCUCUUCUUGGCUGAUUACUCAAGUGUUAUUGGCCCGGUCCAAAACUAUACCCCUAUUAACACAGAGAAAAGCACUGCCGUUGACCCUAGCAUGUUUAACGUCUCACUACCAACAUUGCGCGCUUUGUCCUGCACGAAAAACAUAUCCGUUGUGCAAGUCAACGUCACUUUCGCGCAGUCAACGCGCGUUGAUAUAGGUAAUGGAGUUACGACUCUGCCAUGGGCUCCGGUUAGCUACAUCCGUGAAUCGAUCGAGUAUACGGCACGCGUGACAGAGAGACUAGAUUUUUUAGACUACCUAAUACCAGCUUCAAAUGGUGGACGGGUGUCUUUGUCUCGCGAAGGAUUCCUUGAAGGCGUAGUUGAUACGCUGAACAGCAGCUCUCUCUGGCCAAGUAGGGGAUCUAGCUCAAAUUUUUUCCAGCUUCUAGCCGCCUAUGGGGAAUACAAGAUAAAGAACCUUACGGCUUUACUCGACGCAAACCAACUCGCUAUAGCGGCAGAGAAAAUGUACGAAGCAGUUGUCUGCGAAUUGCUUACUAGGCAGCGACCCGCCGCUCGAGACAAGGCAAACGCAACAAGCAUAAAGGAAUUUAGCGGGAUCAUACGUCACCACCGCGAAGUCAUUAGCCAGGACCUGACAACCACAAUUAUUCUAGAGGCUCUCCUUACGAUGGUGUUCUGCUGCCUUCUAUGGGUCAUGUACCGUACUCCAAGCACGGCAAUUCUACCCAAGCAGCCCGACUCCAUCGCGGCGCGACUCUCGCUCUUGGCCAACAGCACGCUGGUGCAGCGCUUACGCGAAAUGGAACCUUCUUCAAUGGAGAAAUCAAGUAUAUGGGAAGAGAAGGCCAGCCUCGGUUGGUGGAAAGUUCCCAAUACAGACGGCCAAGCUUCGCAGCAGUGGAGAUGGGGAAUCGACGUGGGCACCGCAGUAUCGCAGAAGGAUUGGAGACACCCACCUUGCGAAAGCCCAGACGAGACUUCAAACGAGGCCGGUGAUGGAGAUGCGGCAAACAGCGCAACGGAUACGCAGCAAAGUAACUACUUGGCCGAAGGCGAGGAUGGAGACGAAACGGACGAACAACAGCGUACGCCCCAAAACAACGACACGACAGAGACUAUUCCAUUAUGCUCUCUAAACCUCCAUGAAAGAAACUCCCAAAUAAAGGAAGAAAACACAAACUGCAACCCCCAAACCACCACUCCCGACCCACAACAAAGCAUAACAAACGCUCAACCGCCUCCUUCCCAAAACACUCACACAACGCAAACAACACCACCAUGCUCCCCAAACAUCAACGAAAGUGUCUCCCCAAUCGACGCAGAAAACCAAGAAAACACACACAACAACCAGCAUCCCAAUUCCGCCACCUCACCAACCCCUAACCAUCACUGUCCAGACCUCCCCCCACUAUCACCAGUCUCCUCGCUCUCAUUCUCCGAUGAUGAUGGGGAUGGGGAUGAGCAUACACCCCUGGGUCCGGAUAUUUCGCUUUCGCCGCUUCUUUCUCGGUAGCUAAUGCAGUGCGCUGGAAGCUGGAAAGGAAUCGGACUUGUAGGAGGCAGGUUGGCAGUGAGAUGGAUGGAAAAUGAUGCUGGAGUUUUACGAAGGUACGAAU